CGCAGUCUCUGGCGCGCUUUCAGUCUCCGCCCUCGCGCAUAAAAGCCGGCUGCGCACGCUCCGUAGGUCUUCUCCCACGUCAACCGGAGCAACCGCUGCUUUCUACUCUACCGGAGCCACGUUUAUUCUCAAGAAUCAUGACUGAGCUGAAGGAGCGCACCUUCCUGGCCAUCAAGCCCGACGGCGUGCAGAGGGGCAUCAUCGGAGAGAUCAUCAAGAGGUUCGAGGUCAAAGGCUUCAAGCUGGUGGGCUUGAAGAUGCUCCAUGCCUCUGACGAGCUCCUGAACGAGCACUACAUCGACCUGAAGGACAGACCAUUCUUUCCCACCCUCAUCAAGUACAUGAGCUCUGGUCCAGUGGUUGCCAUGGUGUGGGAAGGCAAAGGUGUGGUGAAGACCGGCAGGGUGAUGCUGGGUGAGACCAACCCUGCUGACUCCAAGCCUGGAACCAUCAGAGGAGACUUCUGCAUCGACGUCAGCAAGAACAUCAUCCACGGCAGUGACUCCGUGGAGAGUGCCAACAAGGAGAUCGGCCUGUGGUUCAAGCAGGAAGAGCUGGUCAGCUACACUAGCUGUGCCUUCAGCUGGCUGUACUGAGCCUGUCUGGCUGCAGCAGUCCUCACACUGGUUGGACACCAGUGACACUUUUGCCUCAGUUUCUGUUUUUGCCCGUAGCCUGAAGGAGAAUUGAUGUGAACAUCAUGCCCCACACAUUCCCCUCCACUCAUCGUCAUACUGUACUCGGACCUGGUCUCUGUGGAGGUCCAGGUCUGGUCCAGAUCAGUCCUGAGCUCAUUCCUUUAGAAACAUUCCAUCUUGAAUGCACAGUGAAGACUUGAAUCAGUUUUGACUGUCUGUUUUGUUAAACAGUGACCUGCUUUCCAAUUAAAAAAAACACAGUA